AUGUUGAAUAAGAUGGCGCAUCGCACCGUGCGACUGAUGUGCUUCGUUGCACUAUUGGCGGCAGUAACUCCAGUUAAGGAACAAACAAGAUGGUCACGCCAAAUCAGUUCUUAUACGGCUGAUAUAAGUGAUUGGGUCCCAUUAGCAGGCCCAGUGGAAAGAGAAACACGUGACCCCCAUCCCUUACCACCGAUUAAAAGACAGGCCGUUGCAGAACCAAGAAUACUCACUGAACCAUUUCCGGGAUUCACGAGGCCGUCGGAAUUUAGUCAAGACUCUUUUCCACAGAGAAUGUACUUUAAUUCUCCAGCAAAUAGACAGUUAUAUCUCCAAUCUGUUCCAUCAGCUCCACAAAAUUACUUAUCUGACCAGGGUUUCGGACAGAGUGUGAGAUUUGGCCUUUCACAACCCAACUUCCCUUUAAGUCAAGGAUUCAUCGCACCUCAAUAUACAUUCGAUAGCAUACCUGCAGGUCCACCUUUGAAACCAAGACCUCCACCGCAAUUGGCACCAAGUCCUGUCAAAUUUGAAAGUUUUACGAAACAAGGUCUGCCAUCAUCACAGACAAAGCCAUUCAUUAGUCAAUCUAUAAAGACAAAGACCGAACCACCAAAAUUCAUCGAUGGCUAUCGUGCGGAUAAUAUCAGCAAUGACUUUGCUUUCAACCAAAAGAAAAAAGUACAGUCCUUGCAGAAAAUUAAAUUUGAAAACUAUGACAAAAACCCAAAAAUAGAAACAAUACCUUCUAGACCUAAAGUAGAAAGGGAAGAGGUUCAACUACUUUAUGUUCCGAUCGAAUCUUUGAACAGAGGACAAUAUAACUUCGGGGUACCUCUAGGCCAAGCGCAAAAUAUUAAUAAAGACUUGUAUACCCAAAAUUUACCAAAACCUAAUCCACUCAAGCAGGCAUUUUCUAGUGAAAUACAAAAACCAAUAGCAAAACCUGUUGAAAGUUUUAAUUCAAAUCAAGCCUAUUUUUCCAACUAUGACCAAGCAGCGAAAUUUUCAACGAUUUCCACGCCUUUUCCAACAUCGCUACCUGUCACACCAAAACCAAAGAAAUUGAAACCUCAUCAACCACCUUUAGCAAUAUUUAUGAGUCAAGAUUCCAGAAAAAGAAACCCUUUAAAAGUCGGAGACGUACUGUCAUUACUGAAAAACGCUAAUACAGUUGCCGUACUAGAUACUGUUAACCCAUUGAACGCACCCAAAGUAUUCAUUGGACCAUCAACUUUAAACCCACCAGAUAAUUUUGUGAAAUUUGAGCUACCUUACUUAUCAAACAUUGAAAACAGUGACAAAAAAUUACGCCAGCUUCCAUUUUUCGUUGCGCCACUAAGCUAUAAUACACCAAAUGGUUUUGCAAAAAUACCUUUUCCUUCACCACAUGUAGGCUCUGUGGUUAUUAAUUCUCAAAUAAGAGAUUCAGGUGUUCAAGCAAAUUCAGCAUAUUCAACUCAAUCUACUCCAGCUGCUAAUAUCAUACCUAAUUCAUACACGGCAACACCACAAAAACAAAACUUCGCUACUCAAAAGCCACAGUUUUCAUACUACAGUACCGCAGCACCCAGUACGAAUGCACCAAAUAAUCAGCAUCUUCAAUCAAAUUACUAUGCCCUUGAACAACAAACAGUAACAGCAAUACCUCCCCAGAAACAAGAGGAAGCGAACAUAAACGCUCUUCCACCGAAGCCAGAAUCUUAUUUCUUAACCAAUGUUGGAAAUCAAUACAACCCUACAAAAUAUGUUAGUUACCCCACUAAUAUAAAACAAGAACCACUAAGUCAAUACAAUUUUGCUAAACCGGAAACAUCGACAACGCCCAAAACGACCGUUACGACUACCACGACUUCAAAGCCUCCAUCAACAUAUUCUAGUCAAUUAUUGGAAACUCACAACCCUUAUUCAAUAAACCAAGCGUUUCAUUUUAGUACACCAUUAGACUAUCACAGUUAUUAUGACGACCUUAAAGAACCGUUUGUCAACCAAGGUGUAGAGAAUACUCCGAAAAUAUCACCAUCACCAACAGUUUCUCUUUCUAACGUUCCAAAUAAACCAGAAGAUGUAGUAACUGAGAAGCAACUCUACCAACAACAGACAUCACCAAACUACUUACAAAAUUAUACACCUGAAAUACAUUACGAAUCUGAAGGUGCAAAUUCGAGACAUCCCGUAUAUAACGGAAAUGAUUAUACAACUAAGACCCAAGUAUCGUCUGAAAAUUACAAGAUUGUAAAUCAACCUGAAAUUGAGCCAGUUCAACAUAAUCAACCAAACUUGUACAAUGCUGUUUCUAAUCAACCAACAACUUCACAAGAAACAGCCAUCUAUGAUUCUCCAACUUACGAAAAUUUAACGGAAAUUAAUAUUAAUAAAAUAAAUACUCCAAUUGAAGACAAUGGAUCUCAAUAUUACAAUCAAUAUGAAACAAAUUAUCAAACCGACAAUGUUCAACACUCAAGCUCUACUUCCAGUUCAACAACGACUACUACAAGAAGGACGCCUCCUAUUCGAACUAGAGGUAGACCAAGAUAUACAACUGCAAGGCCUGAUUCUGGUGAAUCAACGACAGUUAGAUCUUCCAUCACCCGGAGACCACUAAAAGAAAGACGCCCACUACCGUCACGAACAAAAUAUGAACCUAAUAAAAUAACAACUGAAAGAACAACGAGAAAAUCUUUGGAGUCUGUAGAAAGUACUACAAAAUAUUCCAGAACAAGAACGAGAGGCCGAAUUCACUACAAACCUUCUGAAAAUGAUGAAUACUACUCCAAGAAAAACAAAAUACAAAAUAAUAAGCAGGAAGAUCUAGCAUAUCAAAGAGAUGUUCUACAUCAAAAUUAUCCAGUAACUUUAAUGGAGAGAAUGAGUACUGUUGACAUAGAAGCGAUGACAGAACCCGCACCUAACUUUUCUUCUACUAAGACAAUGGGAAACGAAGGUGAAGUUUAUGAUACUGAAAAUGCUUAUGCUCACCAAUCAGCAUCUAUAAGUUACCUUCAAAACGUAGGUUCAAGCGAAAACACCCCCAUCUAUAGCUCCGAAACAGAAUAUCAAACUGAAGCUGCAAUCAAUUCAAAGCUCCCAUUAACGCGAAAUGAGGAUUAUAUUUAUCAAUCUAGAAGUAGUGUGACACCAAUCGAGGCAAUUUCUUCAUUUGAAGAUGCUAAUGAAAAACAGGAUAUUCCUAAACCAACUACGGCUGAAAUGAUAUCUUAUACAACUGAACGAACAAGCUCAACCGCUGAAGAGUAUCUUCCAAAUCAGUCCAUUAAUAAUGAAUUUUCAACAAAACAAGAAGAUUCACUAAAUGAAGAAGUCAAUACUAAAAUUAGUAGUCAAGAAACGCAUGAAACGGAAACAGAAGAGACUGUUGUACAAACAACACCAUCUUACAACAGAGUAAGAAUACGUCCUGGAGUUAUUAGACAAUAUCAUCAUGCAUCAUCUACUGAAAGCACAAGAGCGAAGUCUGAAAGAAAGAAGAUUCAAGCCAUUACACAUAGACCUGCUUACGAUAGAAGACGAACAACUAUGCGAAUAGAAGAAAUUGAAGCCGAUUUAAAAACUAAACAAAUUCAUUCUCGCACUGAAUUCCAAGAUCAUAAGCAUCCUGUUUAUAGGCCCGAACCCACAACUGAAUCAAUAAUAACAACUCCAUUUGAAAGUACCACUAAACGUGGACACUUUCGUAGAAGGCGACCAGGGUAUACUACAACGUCAACUGAGGCAACUAGUACGAAGAAAAACGUGUAUGAAACUAAAAACCGGUUCAGAGGUAGAAGACCAACUGAAAAACCAACUGAAAAACACGACGUAAAAUCUGAAACUACCACAACAACAGUAAGAACCUCCCCUCAUCAAAGAUAUAGUCACCGACCGAGGUUAUCGGAGCGCUAUAACAAAAAACCAGAUAAUAAUGCUGAAGAAACAGAAGAUCAGGAAUCUAACUACUCCAUUAAUAGACCAAAAUACGUUACACCAGAGAAUGAUCAAUGGUCACCAAAGAUUUCUGGAGACUCAUUUAAACCAUACAAUCCAAAUGACAUUGUUGAAGAUUCAAAGUUAUCCACUACUGAACACAGAAAUACUAACGCAGCACUAGACAUUAUAACAGCUAGAAAUGACUACGAUGAUAUUCUCAUAUCUGUCACACCAGCUACUAACACGAGGGCUAUUAAAAAAAUUCCUGAUAUUCCUCCUACUCUUGAGGCAUUAGUGGAACAGAGUAAGACAACUAAAAUGGAAUCGAGUGAUUCGAUGUCGACCUUUGAAACAAUGUUGGAAGAGGUUAUGAAAAACUUGGAAGAACAAGAUGAAGAUGAAUAUACAAGUAACGUUAUGAAACAUAAGGGUGGUGAAAUUGGUGAGAUACCCCCAGAAAAAAUAAUAACAACUGAAGACGAAUAUAUUCAUAAAGCAACAGCUUCAGAACAAGAAAUCACGACCACUGUUCCUGUAGACUAUGAGGAAACCGACUUGGAAAAGGCACAACCGGACCACAAGGGACGUCGUCGUGGUUACUGGAAGAAGGUCAAGGUCCGUCCAAUUAGCACAGAAACGAUAGAGACAGCUGAAUCACAAUAUUACACGAACACAGUUAACCGCCUUGGCGAACCUAUAACAUCGACCAAAAACUUACAUGACAAAACAACUGGCAAAGGUAAAUCAAAAAUCGCUGUUACCACUUACAAGCCAUCUAAUCUUCAAUUUAUCAAGGACUUCUUUGAAACAGAGAUUGAUGAUGAAAACCUCGAUGGUGUCAUUCCAACUGUCGAUAUACCUAAAAUUGUCAAGAAACCAGUCGAAGUUAAUGAUGAAGCUAAUGAAAAAGUUAAGAAAGAAUAUGAUGUAACGACUGAGAAAAUUGAAGGUCCGGGUGAAAUAGAUCUAGGUACCGGUUCCCCUGAUCCAACAAUAAUGGACAGCAUGUACUACAGCACACCAACAGAACCAACUUCUACUGAAGGUGAUUUGUCUCUCCUAGAUCGAUCAGACAGCUUCAGUUUAAUGGAUUACUUUUUUGGAACUACAACUGAGUCAGAAAAGGAUAAAGUGAAAAAUAAAACUACCGUGAAUGAAAUAAAACAAAAACCGGACGUUGUUAUAACCACUGAAAGAGUAAGUUUUAAAUUACCAACAACUGAAAAUAAUUAUGUGCCAGAGGAAAUUACUACAAUUCUAUCUGAAGAUAACAUUGAGACAGUUACAGAUUUCACUGACAGUCAAAAAAUCAAUGACGACAAACAAGAACAAGUCACUGAAUCAGUAAAAGUUAAAUCUUCGUCUGAAUCCAGUUUCAUGAAUCCAGCUAAUGUAGUCAGUACAUCCAUGUCAACAGAAAUAUCACAUGAAACAGAAAUAUGCUUUAGAGGAAAAUGCAUUAAAACAAAUAAAGACAUUUUAUAAAACGAUAAUGAUUUAUCGUAAGUUUGGUGCUAAAGACUUGUGUUCAAAGUAGUGAAAGUAAUUAAGAUGAAGUGUGGACAAAUCAAUCUCACAGAAGUUAUAAAUAAAGCCUAAUACUCCGUAGCAAGCUUAGUCUUUCUUUUGAUGCAAAAGCUAAUAGGUAUCUACUUAUAUUAGUAGAAAUUAUAUGAAUAAGUAGAGGACUUGGCUUGCUAUUGGACUUAGUAGUAAUAUCUUUAAUAGGAAUAUUUAUUGUUAAUUAACUUUAAGGAGACUAUGGUGAAAUCUUGUAAAUAGCUUCUCUUUACUUGAUUCCACCUAUUUGUAUUAAUCAUUAGACACUAACUUGUGAUAAACUUUUAGAAAGUUUUUCUCAGUGUAUUAUAUUAAUAUUAACAAUUUGUACCUUUAAUUAUAAAAUGCACAUUAAGAUAUUUUAAUAUUUUUUGUAAUAUAAUUAUUUUGACUGAGCAUAUUUUUGUAACCGAAUCUAAUAUUAAGCAUCUUCUAAUCUUUUUAUUUAUUUUUUUAAAUAUUCUUUAGACAAUUAGGGCAUUCUCAAGUUCAAGAUGUAGGAAUAAUAUUUUUAUACUAUUAUAUUCACCAGAAACCAAAAAAAAACUAUUCUUCACUUAACGCCUGUCUGUUAUAACGACGUUGCACUUUGUAAUAUAAAUAAAUCCAAAAAUGUCUGUUUAUAAUUUUAAUAAAUAAAAUAUUUAAAAUAAAUUUGUUUUCCUCCAUUUUAAAAUCCAAUCGUUAACAUCUAAUAUGUACGAGUAUUAAGCUGAUAGUUUGAACUAUUACUAUUGAACUAAUAGAUAUUUUGAAACAAACCAAUAUGUUUGAUAAAAUAUAUAAAUAAAUAAAAAAAGACAAACCUAUAUAUAAGUUAUUAGUAUUAUUCGAUUUUUUUACAUAUGAAUGAAAUUAAUUUAUCAAUUUUUUUUUUUAGUUAUGGCCUUGUAAUUUAACGUGAAUUUAACUAAUUUAAUCAUUUGACAUCGAAGCUUGACAUCGGCAGAAUUGUGUCAAACGCGCAGAUAUGCCAUUAAUAAAAGAAGAAGUAGAACAAUUAGAA